AUGGACAUAGUUAAGAGAUACCGUCAGCGUGUAGGACGGCCUUCAGGUCCUUCCUUGGAUGACUUCAUCUACAGGCGGCCUCCGCCGACCUACGACCACAGUGCCGCUGUCUUCUACAAUCCGACGUCAUCUAGCGCAUCUUCGGCGACUAGUUCUAGCGCUCCAUUCACACCGCGGGAGAAGUUCACCUUCGACCGCAGCAUCACGUGGUUCCCUGCCCACAUGGCGUCUGCCAAGCUUAACAUUGGGAAGAAGCGCCGUGCAGUUGACUGCAUCCUGGAGGUGCGCGAUGCGCGUGCCCCGCUCACAGCGUCCAACUGUACUAUUAUUGAGGAGUACCCAGAGCAUGUGCCCCGACUGGUGGUGCUGAACAAGAGUGACCUCGUCCCGCCGAAUGAUAUGCAGCGCGCUGUACAGCUGCUGGAGAACACUGGGAAGAAGGUGGUGCUCUACAGCGCCCUGGGUCUUCGUAAAAUAACGAAGAUCACGAACUUCGUGCGGGAGCAUGUUGCACCACAAUUCAAGACACUGGGUGUCUGGAUGAUGGUGGUGGGACUGCCUAACGUCGGGAAAUCCUCGAUCAUCAACGCUCUGAAGCGAUAUUCCUUCACGCAACGGUGGCACUCCAAGUAUGGCAUGCAGCAGCCAACAUCGCUUACCACUGCGAAGGCCAAAUCCGCCGGUGUUGCUGGAAGCACCCGCUCUUUGAGUGCGUUUUUUGUUUCGGAAAAGCCGAAGUUGUACUGCUUCGACACCCCCGGGGUCAUGCUGCCAAAGAUGCAAUGCCCCGAAAUCAACCUCAAGUUGGCGGCGAUAGGGUGCGUUGACGACCACAGCGCGGGGGUGGAUUACAUCGCGGACUAUAUCUUGUACACUCUCAACCGCAAGAAAAUGUUCGAUUACGUUGAAGUGCUAGGGCUCCCGGGUCCUACCGAUGACGUUAAAGAGGUUAUGGAACAUAUAUCUAGGAUUGCGGAGCGGAAGUACAGUACCAUCGAGCCCGCCAACUGCUAUCGCAUUUUUAUCAACCAGUUCAGGCGGGGUAGCUUCGGGCUGAUUUGCCUAGAUGACCUUAAUGAUAUCAUGAGGCGCGGAGACCUUUCGGAUUUCGAGCUCAGGUCGUCGGGAAUCCACCAUACAGAGCUUUCGAGGCCUCCAGAAUGGCCGGAUGGGAGCGUGAAGAAUUCCAGUUUAUCGCAUGGAUCAAGGAAAUGGAGCUGCAGUGCCUCAACGCGUAGAGCACAUGGCAAGGCUGCAGAGUCACAAAAGCAGUAUGUUGAGGAUGACAUCGUAUACACGGAAUUCGCGCCGCUGCAUUCUUCCGCAUCCGGACCGUCACAGUACGAUCUGGCGCUGCAGGAUGCGGCUAAGUAUUUCGAAGAGGUGGAUUGCUCAGGAGGGCGGGACUCUUCGCCCCGAUCGAGAGUGGGCGCCACUACAAUCCCCUACGAUGAAAUGCAGUUGGCUUUCUUUCAAGGCGACGAAGUAGUAGAUGAGGUACUAAGUAAUACUCAGGAGGUGCUCAAUAUCGCAUGUGAUCAUGUUGUACAGUUCCACAACUCACGGGUAUAUACCGGCAGUGGUGAGGAGUCCAACCGGAACUCCGCGGCUGCAUUGCGUUCAGUACGGUGUUUGGUUUACUGGAUUGGGGGGCGUAUCCUGAAUUGCGCCAAGCAGGCCAUGGAUCGUUUAGACCGCAAUUCCAACGCAUCCGCUAGUGAAACUGAGCAUAUUCGUCGCAUUAUUGAGAAGCGCAUUAGGAGAUUUGCACAUGAAACUGUGCAUCACUGGGAAUCUGCAAUAGGGCUAAAAGAGGUUGACUUAGGCGUCCCGACGCUUCCAAAUAUCAGGCAGAGUCGAUCCCCCGAGGAGCACGUUGCCAGGCUGUGGAACUACCUUAAUGUUGCUGCCUUUGGCGGCGUGCUACCUGAGUUCGUUGACAUCAACUUCAGCUGGUACGAUCUAGUCAACAGCGAUGGGAGCGUAAUUCCGUCAGAGAAUGGGGAGCUGUUCCGUUACACGCAGAAAGACAACAUUGCCUUCCCAGGCAUCGCUUACCCUAGAGAACUCGCCGAUCGUGAAGCUGCCCUAGGGAACUGCAUUUUCAGAUCGAUGAUGAAGCUGCAUUGCGAUAUAUAUGGUACCAAAUUGGGAGGUGACAACUAUGCGACGGUUGCUUUGUCAGCAUGCCAGUUUGUCGAGUCGGAGGCAGCCCGGGCCGCCCGCCUCGGCUUUAGUUGCGUGCAGUCCGAUGUUGUAGCUUCCGAUGCAAAUUUGAGGCAUUUGCUGCCCCAUCUGAAUUCAUAUGACCCGCUCCGCAACACUGAUGCUGAGGUCAACGACUCGGAUGAGCUAUACGUCGGCAUCGACCGUCUGCCGUUCAUCACCAACAGACUUAAAUUUGCUCAUCUGAAGGAGGUUGUUAAGGAUCUUGAAACAUCGCUGGAUAUAUUUGACCGAUCUUUUAGACCUCGUGGCCAGGUUCCACGGGAUAUGGUGACCGAUGAAGUGAAACGUAUUGCCACAGACAUCGCACUAUCGAAGGGAGUGAGUGGAGCUACGGGCGUUGUUUCACCGCCGGACGGUGAUAAAUCUCUGUCGAAUGCAGUUGAAGGGUCCGAAAAUGGAACAUCAGACGAGAAGGGUGAAGAUGCUAGCGGAGGAACGCGACCAACCGACGAAUGGGCUGAUGAUCUAGACGCCAUCUGGAGUCGUGAUCAAGAGGGCAACCUGAUAUUACCGAUUGAGGAGUUGCAGCGCAGCCUGAUAUUUGGAGAUUUAGAAAAAUUCGGCAACCUGCUCUCGCUUGGGAUGAACGAUCUCGUGAAGUUGAAACCCGUUCAGCUCAACAGUAUCCAGAACAAGAUCGUCGCAAUUUGCCUCGAUGCGCUGAACUACAUACGCUCAGUGGACACUUAUGCAAUUAACUAUUCGCUGGCACCUGAGGAUUUGGCCAGGGAAAAGCCAACUGGGCUCGUCCACCAGGCUAAUAUGGGAGUGAUCCAGUGCAUCCUGUUCCUGUAUAAGUUGGUUGGGCGAUGCCUGACCCAUAGCGGUCUGUUCCCGUUGGAUAACGCCUUUUUGAGAACCAGACCGUUGGAGCUGCUGGUGCGUGAGGCUAACCCUCCAUCAGCUGGAGGGGCGCAACGUGUGGCGGCAGACCCAGCUAAAUUUGGUGAGGAGACAUUGCAUCAGGAACAAAAGAUGAAGCCUGUGCCGUUCCCUCAAGAAUAUAUUAAUGAGGCGGUGGCUGCAGACGAUCCGGCGGCGUUGAAGUUCCUGGUCAACUAUUACAAUUUCAACCUUUUCGGAGGCAGGCUUCCCAUUGACCUUGAGGUUGUAUUCGAGCACACAGCAGUGGACGAUUACCUGUCGUCCCAUGAUGAUAGCGCUGACAUUUUGAAAGCUCCCCGGAUACUUCUCAACCCAUUAGCUAGAAGCAGCAAGCCCCUGGUCGCACGUCUAAUUUUGGAGGAAUGCUACCACCUAUUCCUGAGGUUUGCCUACAGAUACAGCUCCGGUUUCGAAGGACGCUCGGACGUCCUUUUGACUGAGGUGAUGGCGUCUGAUCUGGCGCAUCGUACCAGGCGGCAUAUUGCCAACUGCAUCGAGGGGUCGGGAGAUUGGCCUUUCUUCUUCGACGACAUGCAUUACAUGGCUGUUCAGGAGCAUCCUGAGCUCGAGGAAAUCGGUAACACCAAGCUUACAUUGCGGGACAGAACGCUAAAUGACGUUUUUAAGGACCUUUUGAACACUCAAGAGGACGUCAUUCGCACUCUGGAGCUGCUGGUCAAGCGCCCUAUGAUGACCGAUAUGUGGGAGCGCCAGGUGCUGCCCAUACGCCAUUUCGUUAACGCUCUCCAUGGCGGCAAUUACGAUCUCAUCUACACCAUCUUGGUCAACCCCAGUUCGGUAGCCGCCAUUUCGCCACUACCCAUCGGGACUAUCAAUGCGAUCGAGAACAAGUUCAAGGAUGCAUGUCAUAUCGCCCACUCGCUGGAUAACCGCAGGGGCCAAAUUAUGGGCGAGUCGGAACAGCACAUAGAGGCUUUAACAAAUUUGGAAUCCUUGAAGAUCGUAGAGUGCGCGUUUGACGAGCUCCGCGAGCACGCCACCAAGCACAGCCUCAUCGUGGCAUCUGACCUCACUCAAGGCAUAACUGCGGCGACCAACAACCUUGCCCGGUGCCAGCCCGAAGAGGUUGACCACACGAAAAGCGAUGUGGAUUGUACGGUUAUCAACCUGAACAGUGCGGGUUUCCCCGAGGUUGUGAGCCGCGUGUCGAACGAUGAUAAGGUAGUCAACAAGUACAUCCAACCGUCUAAUGUGGAUGCUACCACAUCGAGUGAAGAUGGCAAAGGAAGCUCGACGCCUUCUAGCAAUGGUGGUGUAAUGCAUCCGGAUACGAAAGUUGACGGAGAAGCGGCGGCAAAGCGUUACCACUUGAAUGAUGAAGAAAAGGUUGCAUUUGCUGAAGCAGCCUACAGAUCGUACAACCGCAGGUUGUUCAACGACGUUUUACCGGCGGAUAUGCGGAUCCAGUUUGCCGACAUAGAAGAACUGUCGGCAUUGGAAGACAGCGCCCAUCGCAUCGAACCGCCCACCAUCAAGUUGAACAACAUGCUGGAUGAUGCCAGACUUAUCUUCCUGCAAUUAAUUACGCAGAUGGUCAACAUUGGGUUCACUUGCUCCACACACAACAUUGAGAUGGACUGUCUGCGAUACUUCGGAGCAUCAUAUCGCAGUGCUUUCAAGCAGCUGCAUGUUAAUCAGCAGCAGCUGAUAAGAAGCCGGCUGCUUCCAAUAAGCAGAGAGGCUCGAUUGAAAGCGAAAGAAAAGUCGAAAGAUGGCGUCAAUAAGAAGUAUCUGAAAUCGUUGAAGGAGGCAGCUCUGCUCGACUCAGAUGGCGGGAAAACGAAUUCGUUGCUUGACAUGGAGAUAGACGAAUUCGUGGAUGAAGUUCUCGACGGCCGUGAGAAGGUGCAGCGGUUGAAUCAUGAGGCGACUCUUUGCAACCCGUUUGAGGAGUACCAGGCGCUGAAGUCGUUCGCUCGGCACUUCAUUAACUGGAAGCAGACGAAAACGAGCUUCGAAGAAGCCGCGGCGCUGGAUGUCAAUGCCUCUAAACCUGUCAUGGAUGGGGGUGAAAGUGUGCUGCCUAUCGUUAACAACCACGUCAUUCGUAACAUCUGGGCGCGGUUCAAGUUCGAGCACCUGGAAAAGGUUUUGAAGAAAUCAGGUAUAGAGAUGCCGCUAUCGGCGCCUCUAGAUCUCAACUGGCAGCAGCUGUUGAAUGAAGAGCAGCAGUUCAAGAUGAUGAAGUAUCUCAGUUUGUCAGCGGAAAACGGCGAUACCGUUUUUACGAUGCUCGUCCGCAGCGGUGCCUGUAGUCCAACUGAGGCGUACGCUUUCUUGAUCAAGCUGGCAGAUCCGCACUUGAAACUGGAGCCUUAUCCGACCGUGGACUCAAGUGAUAUGGCGGGAACUUCCAGAACCCCCGGGGCAGCCGCUGGUGUUGGGGAAAACGCCGCAGCCGAUUCUCUGGGGGAUGAUGAAUCGGAAGAAGUAGACCCGUUUGAUAACGAGCAUUUCUCCGGAGAGUUGCAGGCGCUAAUGCGCACCAUGGACCUUCCGACGGCGGAGACCAUCAACCUCCUGGUCGACAAGUUGGUCCACCGUAACUACGCCGACGCGAUGGGCAUCCUAAGCACGCACCCCAAACGCUCAUACCUCAAGGAGAUGGCGAUCAAGUUCCUCGAUGUGAUACGCAACAAUGGGGUACUCGAUGAACGGCAUCACAUCGAGAUCCUUGAGUUCUUGCGCAACUGA